UGCAUCCUGAUUACAUGUAUUCUUACAUUUUAUGCUUCUGCUUUCUUCUUCAAUUUAUUUUCAGUCAGAACGGGUUUGGAAGGACCUGGACUUACAGUUGCACAGAAGCUUUGGUAUUGUGUUGCCACUGUUGGUGGUCAAUACAUCUGGGCUCGUUUGCAAUCGUUCUCUGCCUUCCGUAGGUGGGGUGAUUCUGAACAGAGAUCAGUGGCACGAGGAGCAUGGAUUCUGAUACAGCGUAUAGAAGGACUUUACAAAGCUGCCUCAUUUGGCAACCUUCUUUUAUUUCUUUACACUGGAAGGUAUAGGAAUCUAAUUGAAAGAGCUUUAAAAGCUAGGCUGGUCUAUGGGAGCCCUAAUAUGAACCGAGCAGUUAGCUUUGAGUACAUGAACCGCCAGUUAGUAUGGAAUGAAUUCUCGGUAUGUCCUUAUUUAUUUGAUACCCCUUAAUUUAUUUUUACAAGUGGAAUUAACAUUCUUAGUUUGAGGAACUGCCAUUCUAAGGCAUGCCAAGUAAUGAUAUCAAUGAAA